AUGGGCUGCGCCGGAUCCACCCCUAAAUCUGACGGUCUCUCCUUUUACCCUGUCUAUCUCGAUUCUGUUAAUGCUUUCUUAGAUAGCAGUAAGAAGCUGAAAAAACCAAAGCCUUGGAAGCACACUCAGUCAAUAACACCAGCACAACUCAAACAGAUGCGCGAAGAAUUCUGGGACACUACUCCUCACUAUGGUGGACAGAAAGAGAUCUGGGAUGCACUUCGGGCCGCUGCAGAAGCUGAUUUAGCACUUGCGCAAACCAUAGUAGACAGUGCUGGCAUCAUUGUCUCAAAUUCUGACAUGACACUCUGCUACGACGAAAGAGGUGCCAAAUACGAACUACCAAAGUACGUUCUGAGCGAGCCGACUAAUUUGAUCCGGGAGAAAUGA